CUUGGUUGGCUCCUCGGUGGCAAGCCGCAACAUCGUGUCUUCCACUCAGACUCAGGGCUUACGUGGGAUCAUGCUAUUAUCUGCUUUGACAUGCAUAGCCACUUUCAAAUGCCACACACCAUCCCUGACCCUCUUUCCUUCGUCCUGAACAGGCUUUCUUCCAAAAAAAAAAAAAAAAAAAAAAAAAAAAAAAAAAAAAACUCCCGCCGUCCCAAAUAUGCCCGAAUAUGCCACGAAUUGGACUAUAUCCUUCACAACAAACCGCCUCCUGAACUCAUUAUUUCUAGCGUUAAACUGGUGAAUUGGUUAAAUCAUUCAUAG